AUGGGAGUUCUAAGGUUACAUAAAUUUAAAAAGCUUUCUUUAAUAUCGUUAUUUCUUCUAAUAACUUUGUUGGUUUUUAAUUUUGAAUUACUUAAUGCAUUAGUGGCAACUGAAAACAAAAAUGAUACAGAAGUAAAUAAUAGUGAACCAAGUAGUGAGAAAAGCAGUAAGUCAGAGAGCUUAUAUGAUCAAGAUGAAGCAAAUGAAAAAACAGAAGUCAUGGAUGAUGAAGUUUCAUCACAAGCCAUGGGGCUUUUCCAAAGUAACGAUUUUGAUUCCGGUAUUCAGAAUGGAAAUUUUGAUAAAAAAGAAACUACAGAAAAAUCUCAAGAAAAACCUUCCACAAUUAAAUUGAUGGAGGAGAUGCCCCCAGCCUUAGAUUUGGGAGACAUACCUGGAUUAGAUGGUGACACCAAUAUUAAGGAAGUGAGCAACGAAUCAAAGCCUGAGUCUAAUGAUCCGGAUUCAAGCUCCCCUUCAAAACACAUUUCUGCUUCAAAUGAUCAGGAACAGGGCUCUAGUUCCGCUUCAGGUCCUGCUUCUAUCUCUGAGUUGGCCUCUUCAACUUCAGCUUCAGGUUCAGCCUCAGUUUCAUCAUCAACUUCAGCAUCAACCUCUGAUUCAACUUUGGACUCAGCAUCUGCCUCUAAUCAAGUAGAUGAGGAGAUUAAGAUAGAGAAUGGUACACAGAAUCCUGAAAACUCUGGCCAAGAUUUUCAAGAGUUGCAAUCUUCGAUGAUUCCAAAAGGCCUUAGAGGGUAUAAAAGACUUCAAUCUGAGCUUUCUUCCGGAGGAAUAGAUUCAGCAUCUGACUCGAAGACUAGUGAAAGCUCAGGUUCAGCUUCAGGUUCAAACUCAAGCUCAGGACUGUUACUUCCAACAGUUCCAGAAGAUUCUUCUGAUGAAAUGAAGCUUCAGCUAUUAUUUAGACAUACUACCAACAAAUUUCCAAUGCUUGAUUCAACUUCUAAAGAGCAAAAAACUAGCAAUGAUGAGGGAACUCAGACUAAUACAAACUCUGAUUUUAGUUACAACCCACAAAAAGGACAGGAAAUUAAUGCCAAUUUUCCCGGUUCCCCUCUAGAAAAGCCAUCAUCUCCUCAAAUGGAGAGUGAAGUUGAAGAAAGUAAGAGCGAAAAAUCUAAAACUGACACAGAAAUAGACGAGUCAGAGUUUUCUUCUGAUGUUGAAAACAAUGUUGAGUUCCCAGAGGAUAAUAGCAAUACGUCUUCUUAUGCCGAUGCUAGCUCAAGCACAGAUUCUAAUAAUAAAAACACAAAGGUUAGGGAAACUACAUUUAUUUUUGAAAAACCAGGUACCCAAGAGGUUUCCACUGUAGCUGAGAAUUUGGAAAACUUACAAGAAAAUCCAAAUAAACACAUUUCUGUUGCAACACAAACAACUCCUGUUAAAAGACAUAACAAAAACAAUGUAAGGAGAAGGAGAAGAGGAAGAGUUAUAACAAAGAAGGGUCUUUCACAGUUAAUUAAAGAGUUGAAUAAUUCUAAAACAAGAAAAAAGAUGAGUUUCUUUAAAAAGCUCAUUGGCCAAAUAAGUGAUAAGGACAUUAACUUAAUCUCCAAUAUUAUUGAGAGAGAAAAAGCAAACAGAGAAAAAAGUAAUUUAUUAAGAAAAACUUUAACUAGUAAUAUCCCAGAUAGACCUCUCUUAGGUAAAGAAUGGAUUGAAAGAGAAAAGUCAAGAAACAAGCAGGAUUGA